GUUUGAAAACAACUACUGUCGUGAGCCAGGAAAGAUCUGCAGAGGCCCUAACGAAGUGUUCAACAUGACAGGAAGGAUAAUUCUAGAGGAAGGGGAGUUAAUGCCAGCCAUCAUUUCCUACGAAUACAAGUGUCCUGGAUCGGAAUUGUGUUAUACUUAUAAUGGACCAGGUGAAAUCUGGGAUCGGGUAAGUUGUUUUACCUAAUGAGAAAGAGAAAUGUUACAACAUAUUUUGUUCCUACAGGUUUGUGCCAUAUGUGUGUCCAAGCAGCACCAUUUCACAAUUUCUAGAGCACAUUGUGAAUCGGUGAAUACUACGAUGGGUGGAAGUGUUUCGCGUCUGGCUAGCCGAAGGCGCUCUUGUCUCAGGCCCAUUAAUAUAGCUUCGACUUCUGCAACUGUCGCAGAGCUCUUCGUGCCGUCCGGGCCUGAAAUCUCCUCUGUUGGAGAUACCCUCUUUGGUUACUGUAAUGAGUGUGCCGCACCUGCCCGCUUCUCGAUAGCGAGAUAGGAGCCGUGUGUAAAGACUGAUACCAUGUGGUUUGUGUAGGCCUCAAUGGAGCGUUAUGCUAAUCAGAUAGCGGGUAUUCGGAAAAAUGACGUUUGGACAAAUCACCGCUUUACUAUACUAUCUUACAAGCUUUAAACUAAAUAAAGUUUGAUUGUAAAUACCUUACAUAAUAUACACAUAAACUGAAUGGUUUCAAACAAAUUAAAUGAAGGUGCAACUAUGCCCAUGAUGGCUGUCAGGGUUGUAAAAUUAUGCCGCCUGGCGAGAUUUUAAAAUUAGAGUAAAUUAACAUGACUGAAACUCCUAAAAUGCUUACGAUAGGUCAGUCCUCAAUUUUUUUUUUUCAGUAUUAAACGAAUGAGGUCUUGCAUAAGUAAUAUUGGUUUGUACAAAGCUCUGCAACAAAAAAUAGAAAUAGUCUUGCUUUGAGUAAAAAUAAGAUGGUCUUGCUUUGAGUAAAAUUAAGAUGGAAGCUGUCACAUAUCAAAUAUUGAAAUAAUAAUUUUAUUUCGGAUAAAGUAUUGUUUUUGGAAAGUUAGUAUAAACAGGAAGUUAAUACAAAUGGUAUAGUGGAUGCGCACACGAGUAGUAAAGAUGGAAGGUGGAUAUGUUAAUUGACGAUGGCUCUUUGCCAUACAUCUCAUAACAUCGUGUUACUUAUUCAAUAGAUCUGUGUGAAAGUUAUAUAAAAAGCAUUAAGAUUUUAUCAGUUAUUGUUGGAAAUUGACAAAAUUCUGAAUGCUAAUUUCACAUUGUUUUGCACAUCACAUAAUUUAUUAUGUAGUGACGUCAUGAUUUUAUGCUGUCUUGUCUAGUGCUCCAUGUUGGUAGAGUUGGACUCCAUGUUGUUCUCCUACAGUAAAACGUUGAACUAACCUUGAUUGUUGCCUCUGCUUGUUUGAUUAUCUUCCUUGUGAAGGAACUUAGCAACUUAAUAUUUUCAACAGUUAUAUCUCCUCCAAUUUCGGAGACUUGUUUAUACAGUGUAAUUUCUAUGUAAUAAAUCUUGAAAUUCUUAUUCAUGGAGUUCUGGCCCUCGUGCUUUUAAGUAAUCAUUGUGAAUGUGGAUAAAUGUUAGAAGCAAUAAUUACAAGUACAAACAACAUAAUUUUCAGGCAAAACCAACAACGUUACAGAAGCAUAUUUGUACCUGCUUAAUUAAGUAUUGAACAAUGUGUACUUCUAUUUUCAGUUACUAUACAUAGCUGCCGGAAAAUGUGAUGAUGAGACUCAGUUUUAUGGAUGCAAACUAAUAAGCGGAAGAACCUACCGCCACUUUGUUUUUGAGAACAUGUAUUAUUACUUUAGAUUGUGCACAGUUAGGGCCCGGAUGAUGGAUCAACAGGUUAACGAGAAGCUGACCUCGAUAAAUGCACAUGUCAGCAAUGAAUUGAAAUUUUCAGAUUACAAAAGUAAGUAGAAACCAUAUUUCUAAUUCAAUUAAUUAACCUGUACACAAACCUAAAUUAAGUCCAUUUUCGGAGAAUUUCUCUUCUUUGUAAAUGUUAAAACUGGGACUUGAGAAAUACUUGUUAUGCAUAAAUACUAUAAUUGUCUAUGUAGUAAAGAAUGUGAUUAUAUAUUUCUAGAGGUAAGCUAUGGAGCUGGAUCAAAUGCGGUAUCUCUCUUCUGAAUUUUUUGCUAUUUGAAUGCGUAUCUAUUUGCAUGGAUAAAUAGACGUCUUGUUUUAAAAUGAAACAACGGUUCGUAAAUAUGAAAUACUUAUGUUGUGCAAAAAUCGACACAAUCAUAAUUUCGAUUAAUGAUGUUUUGACACGCACAAGCGACUGUCAACACAAUGUUCUACGGAUGUUUGAUGUUCAUCCUUCUCAUGCGUAGAUGAACGAGCCUGUAUUUCACGGUGAGCAAACAGGUGACUUCAGUAUCCUAGUUUUGCUGCUUGGAAAGAUGGUCGAAAUGUGUUUUUGUGGCUCUAGCGGGAUUUGAGGUUGUCUUGCAUUACCUCACCGCUCGCAUUCCUUGGCCGUAAGCGGUGCAUUGUACUUUCUAAAGAUUGUACUCCAGAAGUGAGUCGUCCUCACAAACAUGUAUUAUCAAUAGAAACUAUUUUCCUAUGAAUUCAGGUCGAUGCCCAUGGAUUUCAGUUGCACUCUUAGACAAUGUUUAAACAGGCUUUAUCUCUAACAGGUACUGCUGGGAGUAACAAUUAUAUAUCCAUAAAUUGUGCAAUUUUUCCUUUAUUGAAUCUAGAUCAUAGCAGCUACUCUUUAGAGGAGGAAGAAGAAUUUCUCAGGAUUAUCGGCGAUGAUCCAGAAUGUGAUCCCACGAGGACUUCUAAAAAUGGCGUAGACAAAAUUAAUCUUCCAGGUAUUACCAGGUUCAUUUAAAGAUAAGCGCUCAUAAUUUUUUAUUAGUUACAAGUAUUGUGUCUCUUUAGGGUGUAGAUGACAUUUUCUAAAGGGCAUAUAUAAAGGUGUUUCCAUAGCGUGUGCAGCUGAAUGAGUUUAUGUAAGGUACAGAUGACGGUUUUAUAUAUAUAGUUUAUAUAAAGUGUUUUCUAUAGGGUGUAGAUAAAUGUGUUUCUAUAGAGUGUAGAUAAAUGUGUUCACAUAAGGUACUGAUAAAUGUGUUUCUAUAGGGUGUUGACAAAGAAUAAUUUGUGUGUAUGUCAAGCCGCAAUAAAGUACUCAUAUUAUUACGCAAUAAAUCACUACUUAUUUUUGCAACUAUUUGUUAUAUUGUAAAAGUAUUGAGAGCAAUAAUACAAUGUAACUGACUAUGUCUUGGGGUUGAUGGAAUAAGAUAAAAUAUCAUUUUGUUAAAUAUUUAAUUUUGUUAUACUUUAAUUCAUUCACAGAUGCUUUAUUGAUCAUAUUGGGAUCAAUAAUGGCCUUCAACGUAAUUGUUAUCUUCUAGCAAGUGUC